UAAAUCUUGGUAAUACAACUAUGUAAUUCUACUAUUAUAAUAACUAUAUAUGUAAAAAUUACUUUCAAGUUACAAUGAAUAUAAAAAACGCUUCAAUUAUGAAAUAAUUUAUUUCACUUGGAGUUAAAAUGAACCAAUACUUAUAUAUUGCUCUUGUUAUAUUAUGUGUAGAUUUAUUAACGACCAACACGAAUGCUCUUCCGGGUGACUUGGUUGAACCUCAUGACAAACCUUAUAUUGAACAAUAUCAAUCCGAAAAAUUGGAUUUUCUAACCUUUGGUGAUUGGGGUUGGGAAGGGAUUGAACCAGGUCAAAUAUAUAAAAAUCAAAGUAAGGUAGCUAUGGCUAUGAGGGAUUGGGCUGAAAGCUAUGAUAGUGAUUUUAUAAUUAAUACUGGUGACAACUUUUAUAUUAGUUAUGAUGAAGAUCACGAAGGAGUUAAAAGUGUGAAUGAUCCAAAAUGGAAUAGAAUCUGGAAUGGUAUAUAUAAAGGUAGAUUAGCUGAAAUUGUUUGGUACUCCGUAGUCGGAAAUCAUGACUGGUAUGGAAAUGUUACAGCCCAAGUUGAUUAUAGUUUGAAUUACGAUGAACGCUUCUUCUUACCAUCAACAUAUUAUGUUCGUGAAUCGUACUUUGGAUCAAAAAUAACAAAAGUAGCAUGGAUUCAUAUCGAUACAAAUAUCUUCUAUUAUGAACCAUUAGAUCCUGAUAAAGUAAACAUGUUACCACAACUUAAAAGAUUUGGAUGGAAUACUAUAAAAGCAAUUGAAGAUAAAUUAAAAUGGAUCGAAGAUAGAUUAAUUGAACAACAAAAUUCAACAUGGAUUUUCGUUGUUGGUCAUCAUCCUCUUGUUGCUGCAUGUGCAAAGAAAUAUUAUAUGGGAAGAUUGAGACUGCUUUUCGAGAAAUACCGUGUAGAUGCUUAUUUCGCGGGACAUGAACAUAAUUUAGCAAUAGAAACAGCAAAAGACGGUCAACCUGUUACGUAUUUCUUAUCAGGUGCUGGUAGUAAAACAUUUGUAGGAUGUAAUGAAAGUGAUUGGGGUACACCAGUUGGUACAUUGGGAUUUUUACACACUAUUUUAACAGAAGAUAAAUUCACUUAUGAAUUUAUUGAUUCUACUACGGCUCUUGAUCCUAAAAUAGUUUAUACAGGAUCUCUUACACCUAGACCUUAGAUUGACUAUUUAUUUAUUAAUCGCAAUUAAAUAUAACAUAUUUCAUUGUGGAUCCACAAACCAUUUGUUAAUACCAAUGAAAGGCUUUUUCUAAAUUCUUUUCUGUUCCUUCUCUAU